UUCAAAUGUGGAUGAGAAGUGAUAUUAUUGUUUCAAAUUGAUAGCUUACAUGUAUUAAAAGCCCAUAACUUUAGAUGUAGGAGGACAUCAGCUCCUCGUGAAGCUUGGAGCCACACGUCACGCGGGUAAAUGAGCAUUAAAUCUCUGCUCAAAACUCUAACUUUUCUACCUGAUAAAUAGAAAGAUAGUGGGAUGAAUUUCCCUGCUCCUGGAUGUUGCUGUGCAAUAAGGAUAUGUUCCUGUGAAGCUGAUGUGUUCGUGUUUGAGUGACUACGUACAGACGGAGCAAUAACUGUCCUCAGUCCAACAGUAAGCACUGCUGCUGCUGCUGCUGCUGCUGCUCCGCAUACCCACACACCCGCGCAGCUCCACCUCGGGACAGCGAGCACAUUGUCAGGCAGUGAGGUGGUGUGAAGGUUAUUGAUCUGAUCGGACGGACACACACCAAUCGGCCAUGGAGCUGCAUCUGUUCGCCACCGCCUGUGUCCUCUUUAGCAGGAUUGUGAUAACACAUCAAAAUACUCACAUGAACUGGUUUUAUACGCUUCUGUUCGCUCCUCGUGGGCCUCAGAUGUUUCCCUGUCUAACUUACCUGGAGCGAAACGUCCGGGUGGACUGUGAGUUCCCUCCCACCUACCAGGUCCCGGGGCCCUACUGCGAGUACCGGCAGGACAGCCGCCUGGUGGGCAGCACGUACCCCAACGCCGUGGUCUACGUGUCCACAGAGGACCGCAGGAGGAGCAACGUCAGCCUGGUGUAUCAUAACCUGUGCCGCCUCACCUGGGCCCCGUUGGACGAUGAGAAGCCUUUCACCUACACGUGCAGGGUGUACCAGGGAAACAAGUGGCUGGAGAACAGCAUGGCCGUCCAUCACAGGAUUAUUCCAAUCUGCUCGGCGAUCAGCGUGAUGUUCAAGUCCUCGCCGUGGUAUUUGUCCCUGCUGAUGACACUGCCUGUCGCUCUGGGUCUUCUGAGUCCAUGACCUAUCACAUGGUAACGCCUCAAUGGCCGCUUCCUACAUGAUUCGUGACUCACUGGUUUGGUGUUUGACUCUAUGCGAGAUGAUUUUACUUCAAUGAUUUUAUUUUUUAACAAGAGAGUAGAAGCCAUUGAAACCCCUCUAAAUAAAUUAGAAUGGACCUUUCAUUGGGCAAAAAAUGUACCUUUGGGGUGUGAAAUAUUAAGUCAUAGACCUCAUCCUCACCACUGUACCUCGAUAUUUCACAAUGCUAUCAGAAGAGGAAAUGAAACAUGGCAGUUUCAAAUGAAAUACAAACAAAUGCAACAGUGUUUAUUUUUUUUAUUUACUUAAAUGGCGGGUUUAAUCUGUUGCGUGGAUCAGGUUUCCCUUGUAAAUAAGAUUAAUCGUGACCUAUAUAUAGUAUAUAUGUCAACAAUCAUAUGUUAAUGGCUGGGUAAAUUUUGAUUUUGUAUUAAGGAGAUGCUUCCUAUAGAUUUAUAUUUCAUUGUAUCACUGUCCUGAACACAAACGGGCUUGAUUAACUACAUCAAAUAACGUAAAGAUCUUCCAUUAAUACACAAAAUAAAUAGAGAUUUUUGAUUGGAUUUAUAAAAAGGGACAUAAUAUGAAAUCGUGCACUUACAUUAGAGGCCUUCCAACCCACAAACUGUGCAUUAAUUAUUUUUUUAAGACAGCAUAUAGGUCAGAAAAGAGGGUGUUCAACAAGUACCAUACUGGCUUUUUUGGUAAGAAGUGACAGGUGCUAAAAUGGGUCAUCUCAGUUGGUUCACAGGUGUGUUCUUUAAAGCAAGUCACGAUACUUUAGUAGAAACCCGAAACACAUGAAUGAACUUGGAAACCUACAUAUUAUGUUCCCUUUAAGUUACAGACUCAUCAGCGUCUGUACACACGCCCCCUUAAUUGAAUUCUGAUUACAUUACAGUCUCACCAGUUUGCUCUAAUAUAGAUAUUCAGGUUGCUGACAUGGCUAUUGAGUAAUAGUAAUAUAGGACUGCUCAAACACUGCCUUUCAUGCAAGUAAUGCUUAUCUAUGAUACCUGCAUUACCUUAUAAUAGGCACCUGGCUAGCAAAAAGGCUCAAGUUUAGUCUCUUUUCUACAAUAAGACAAAUACUUGAUUGGGAUGACCUUUCGGUAACAUACUCUAAUGUCAGUGCACUCAGAGCUUUGAUGCUAGCCUGCGGUAAACACAAGAAGAAGUGUGCAGGAGUAGAGGGUUGAGCUCUGCAGCCUCGUAGUGGGAGUGACACUGCAGCUGAAUGAGUAAGCUGUUUUUUCCAGGCCGCUCAAGUAAUAACUGAUGGACAGACAUUGCAUAGACGGUGAUAUCAAAGGUUAUGUUUGGCACAGGUUCAUUGUUGUAACUAAACAUCACUCUCUUUCUACAAGUACGCACAUGCUAGUGUACACAGUAUAUGUGUAGUAGAACAUAUUUCAAGCCAUUUUAUGUCUACAGUGUCCAAACCGUCCACACACAGAUUUAUAGCAUCUCUAUGCUGCUUAUUUAUUUUGAAUCAAAUGUUGUUGACUUAUAAAGACGAUGCUUGUGUCCGCACUGCACUUCUGUUUUAUGUUGCUGUCGUGUUUCUUUUGAUCACUGCUCAGUUAUAUUUGCAGUAAGUAGUUAUUGUAAUAAAGAUGUCAUUAUAUUUUCUAAAUAAAUAGGUCAGCUUAUUUUGUUUAUUUUGUCCUACCACCAAAGGUAUUCUAAAUGCUAUAGCAAAACUAUAGUAAGAAAUAAAGGUUAUGCACAGUAAAA